AUGCGAGCCGUUCGCUUCCAUGGAAGAGAAGACAUCCGUCUGGAUGAGGUUGAGGAGCCUGUUUGUGGUAGUGGUCAAGUAAAGAUUAAAUCUGCGUUCGUUGGAAUCUGCGGCAGUGACCUUCACGAAUAUCUUACCGGCCCUCAUUCAGUACCCGUCCAUCCCCAUCCUCUGACGGGCGAGAAGCUCCCUACAACUCUUGGCCAUGAGUUUAGUGGAACGGUCGAAGAGAUUGGGGACGGAGUCAAUGGACUCAAGAUCGGAGACAAGGUGGCUGUCAAGCCUAAUCUUAGCGAUGAUACAUGCCGGAGGUGUUUGAUGGGAAGAGACAAUUGCUGUGACAGUCUGGGCUUCAUUGGAUAUAGCGGCAGCGCCGGUGGUCUGUCCGAUUAUGUUGUCGUGAAUGAAAAACAUGCAAUUCACCUUCCAGAAUUGAUCCCAUUGGAUAUCGGCGCCCUGGUAGAGCCACUCUCAGUUGCAUGGCAUGCCGUCAGCCGCAGUCCACUCCAGCCAGACGACACUGUGCUAAUCGUAGGGGCCGGCCCAAUUGGACUCGCCAUAGUCCAAGUCCUAAAGGCGCGAGGUAUUGACACAAUCGUCGUUGUAGAAAUCUCAGCUCGGCGACGAGAAUUCGCACAAACAUUCGGUGCCUCUCACACCCUGAAUCCCAAGGAAGUGGAUGCAGUCGCGGAGAUAAGAGCCAUCACUGGUGAACAUCGAGGUACAUCGAUUGCUUUUGAAUGUUCUGGAGUUCAGGCUGGACUCGAUACCGUCAUGGCGGGACUCCGUGUGCGCGGAACGGCGGUUGUUGUAUCGCUGUGGGAGGGAAAGCCAAGUAUAGAUGCGUUUAUUGAAAUUGUCUUGGGCGAGAAGUAUAUCACUGGUGCUGCGAUAUAUGAUCUUGGGGACUUUAAUGCGGUAAUUGAGGCAAUUGCUUCUGGUAAAAUCAAGCCACAGCCUAUGAUCACUAGUAGGAUUCGGAUGGAUGAGGUAGCUGAAAAGGGAUUCCGGGCACUUAUAAAUGAGAAGGAUAAGCAUGUCAAGAUCUUGAUUGAUAUGUCUGCGUGA